CUCCAUUUCGUGCGAAAAUUAUUGAAGGAGAAAGCAUACAUCGCUGGUAUGUAGCAAGACCUGGAGAAAAAAAAAACGGAAUAACUCGUAUGUGUGAAUCAAUUACAAUAAUAGAGACACAAUUUACAAUUGUUUAAAGACACAGUUGAUUAAUCUGAAAAAUUGAUAAUAAAUAGUCAGUGAAAAGAUCAUCAACAAUGGGGGAAGAUUUUAAUGGAGACAGAGAUCGUGGUGAUCGUGAUAAGGAGAGGGAGCGUGAGAGGGAUAGAGAGCGUGAUAGGAGACACAAAUCUAGGAGUCGAGAUCGUAGAAAACGUUCUCGAUCGAGAUCGAAGGAUCGACGUGACAGGAAACGUAGCACUUCACCAAAAAAAGGUCGCAGUUCAAGGAGGAGAAAGCCAUCACUUUACUGGGAUGUACCACCACCUGGUUUCGAGCAUAUUACACCCCUUCAGUAUAAAGCUAUGCAAGCUGCUGGACAGAUUCCAGCGAAUAUUGUGGCGGAUACACCUCAGGCAGCUGUACCUGUCGUCGGCAGCACGAUAACACGUCAAGCAAGACGAUUAUACGUGGGCAACAUUCCAUUUGGAGUUACUGAAGAGGAAAUGAUGGAAUUCUUCAAUCAACAGAUGCAUUUGUCUGGAUUGGCACAAGCCGCUGGAAAUCCAGUACUUGCCUGUCAAAUUAAUCUCGAUAAAAAUUUUGCUUUUCUAGAGUUCCGUUCAAUUGACGAAACUACACAAGCAAUGGCCUUUGAUGGAAUAAAUUUCAAAGGGCAGAGUUUGAAAAUACGUAGACCCCACGAUUAUCAGCCUAUGCCUGGAAUGACCGACAACCCGAGCAUGAACGUGCCAGGUACGGUUCCCGAUUCGCCACACAAGAUCUUCAUUGGUGGACUACCAAACUACUUGAACGAAGAACAGGUGAAGGAAUUACUCAUGAGUUUUGGACAGUUGAGGGCAUUCAAUCUUGUGAAAGAUUCGGCAACGGGUCUGUCGAAGGGCUACGCCUUUUGCGAGUAUGUUGAUGUAUCCAUGACAGAUCAGGCUAUUGCUGGACUCAAUGGUAUGCAGCUUGGUGAUAAAAAGCUCAUUGUUCAACGUGCCAGUGUCGGAGCUAAAAAUCCAAUGAUAGGAGCCCAGGCACCUGUACAAAUUCAAGUUCCUGGAUUAUCCAUGGUUGGCACCAGUGGACCACCUACUGAGGUACUUUGUCUAUUGAAUAUGGUAACACCUGAGGAACUCAUGGAGGAAGAAGAGUAUGAGGAUAUUCUCGAGGAUAUCAAGGAGGAGUGCAACAAAUAUGGAGUUGUCAGAUCUGUGGAAAUUCCUCGGCCAAUUGAGGGUGUCGAUGUACCAGGAUGUGGAAAGGUAUUUGUCGAGUUCAACAGUGUUAUUGACUGUCAAAAAGCUCAGCAAACUCUCACUGGACGAAAAUUCAAUAAUCGUGUCGUGGUAACGUCAUACUUUGAUCCUGAUAAAUACCAUCGACGUGAAUUUUAAAUAACUCAAAUCAGCAUUACACAUCAGAUGAUAAUAAAUCCUUCGAUUACAAUCUAUAGUUGAGAAUUACCGUAUAACCGAUAUGACUGAUUGUUUUUUGACGCAAAUCUACUAUUAUUACGAUGAUUGAAAUUGGCCUAUUUUUUUUCUCUUUCAUAUUGUAAAUUCCUUUUAUGUUAUUUUAUUUUAUUCCAAGAAUAGGACGCAUUAGUAUAAUGUGAUUAUUAUCACAUUUCACAAUCGGCUCAAUAUCAUCAAAUUGGUGUGAUUAAACAGCAACAUGAAAAAUUAUUAUGUCCCCCUACAUAAAUCACUUAAUAAUUAUUGAAUGAAUUAUAAAUAAUAAUGAAGU